AUGCUGCCGUUGUGGAUAUACCUAUUCAAUCCCUGGACGGAGACGGCAGACCAAUUGGAGGGCGGCAAGCGAUUGCCAUUCGGGCGUCUAUACGUACACGUGAUUGGAGCGAGUGGACUUAUGGCCUCAGACUAUGCAAUGUUCUCGAAACCAAGCUCAGAUCCUUACUGCCAGAUAGAGGUCGGAGCAAUUGAGAAAGAAAUCGCGAAAACUCACAAGAUCAAUGCCACACUCAACCCUAACUGGGACGAAGAGUUUGUGAUGAACGUGUGGCGGCCCAGAGCGAUACUGACUUUAAAAGUGUACGACUAUGACACGGCUUCAAAGGACGAUCACAUCGGUGAGGUCCAUGUGCCCAUCGAGAUGCUACGGAAUCAAGAGCUGCACGAUCUGUGGUUUGACCUGCAUCCCGAGCCUAGUGAUCUUCGCACCGAGAAGGCCCAGAAGGCUUCAUUGGGUCGCAUCAGAGUGCGUCUACAAUACAAGUUCUCCCAUCUCGGUGAAUAUCUCGCCCACUUUCUGGAGAAGGAGAUCCCCGAGCCCGAACCUUUUGUGCUACAAGCAUGGCAUGCGCACUGCCGCACUGCUGACACCCGUGGUGGAUUUCUGCAAGAACACAGCGGCGGUGGUGACAUGGGAGCAUCCUUUCCUGACCUGCCUGUCCACGUGAAUGAAGAGCUAGAGGACAUAUACUCGGUCUUCGACUGGUCAAACCCAACGGUAACGCGAGAUGUGCUGCUGAUACUGAUUGUCACGGCAAUAGCUACGUCGUUUGUAGAUCUCAACUACUUGCUUUUAGCAGGUGGUGCGAUAGGCUUGUUUUGCACUUCGCAGAUUGGGCAGAAGGUUAUUUUAUUCUUCAAGGGGAUAGGUAAGUACACGAAGACACUGCGGUAUAAGGAGUUCGAGACCUCAGGGAACGUGCACGCAGAUGCCGAAAUUCAAAAGAAAAUAUACCGGGAUAUACGGCGGAGAACUAGAUCGUCGACUAUGGAGCAGACACUACGCACUAAAAGCCAAGGACAUCCAAAGACCGCCUCCAAAACGUGA